AACUCAACAAGAAGAAGAAGAGCGGCAAGAUGGCGGCGCCCACAACAGUGCAGCAGACGAUGAACCAACUGACAGAUCAUUUUGUAAACUCUGUUUACACAACCAGCCAAGACAGCAAAUCAUCUCCAGCGGAUUCUGUAAAACUACAGGACUAUGUAAUGGAUUUCUUGGAGAAAGAGGUGGGCAGCGACCUGAAGUCGCUGAAGAAUGUUGGCGACCUGCUGGAAAAAAUUAGAGAGGAAAACAACGUCCUGGAGGAGCAGGUUCUCACUGUAUCCAGUUCUGUGCCUCCUAAAGUUUCUGCAGCUCUGUCUGCUGCUGAGGAGGCCCGAUGUUCCCUGGAGGACCUGCUGCAGCGAGAGCAAUCUGUGUCCAACAAAUUGAACGAGCACCUACAGGAGGCCCAGCCUUGGAUGGAUAGCCUCGGUGAGACGCUUAAACAAGUCGACAUUAUAGAGAGUCACAUGAAAUACCUACGCUGCCUUCAACAUAUAGAGGAACUCAGCGCUGCAGUACAGCAGUGCCUGAUGACCAGCAGUGUCUGGGAGGCCAUCCGGGCAGUAGACAGCAUGGCUGUGCUGGACGCUGGACUAAACCAGUCUGGGUGUUCUCACCUCCAGGACUUCCUCCGUGAAACACUUCACUUCUGGCACAAGAUCAUCAAAGACCGACUGGCCAGUGAUUUUGAGAAAGUAUUGACUCAACUUCAUUGGCCGAUCAUCUCCCCUCCUACUCAGUCCCUGACACCUGUUGCCAACUGUCAGGAGAUCAACAGCCAGCUGGAGCUGCUUGUCCCACAGCUGCUUGCCCUGCAGACCUCUGAUGACCUCGUGUCCCAGAGGGCUUUGGCCUCCCGUGCACCCUCUACCCAGCCGGUUCCUUCCGCCACACCUGCGUCCCAAGCUCCUCCCCUCUGUCUUCCCAUCCAGAUCUUGCUGACGCCGCUCAGCAGGAGAUUCAAAUACCACUUCUAUGGGAAUCGGCAGACCAACUCCCUCAGCAAGCCAGAGUGGUACCUUACACAGGUUCUGAUGUGGAUGAGUAACAGCUCGACCUUCUUGGAGGAAAAGAUCCAACCUAUACUUGACCGAGCUGGGGCCAACAUCAGUGCCAGGGUGGAGCUGUGUCGAGGCCUGCUGUCUCUAGUCCAGGAGAAGGUGGCCAGCGAUGCCUCCAGGCUGCUGUAUGAUGACAUGCUCUUCUGUCACUUGGUGGAGGAGGUGCUGCAGUUUGAGAAGGAGCUGCGGAGCAACCAGUCCUACCCAGCAGUGCUGCCUGGUCUGCUUCACCUCCUGCUUGAGGACGCAAUCCUUCAGAAGUGGCUCACUGUGGAAAAGAAGAUGGCGGUGGAGAAGAUGGAUGCCAUGCUGUCGGCUGAGGGAGCUUGGAGCUCUCAGUACAAAGAUAUCAGUGAUAUGGAUGAGCUGAAGGCUCCAGAUUGUGCUGAGACGUUCAUGACCCUGCUACAGGUCAUCACUGAGCGGUACCGAGCUUUGCCCUGUCCUUCUGCGCAACUGAAGUUCCUGGGGCUACAGAGAGAACUGGUAGAUGACUUCCGUAUACGACUCACCCAGGUGAUGAAGGAGGAGUCUCGCUGCCCGCUGGGUGCCCGUUAUUGUGCCAUCCUUAAUGCUGUCAACUACAUUUGCACCAUCCUGGGAGACUGGGGAGACAAUGUGUUUUUCCUACAGCUGCAGCAGGCAGCAGUUUCACUUGGUGAGGAAGUUGUACUGGGGGGCCUAGGGGUGAUGGAGGUGGGUCGUCUGGCUUCUCUGGAGGGCUCUCUAUUUGAAGGUCUUUUGGCGUUGCUGGAACGACUUAAAGGAGACAUGAUGGGAAGACUGCUGGAAUGGACCAUCAGAGAAAUCACAGAAAAAGCCAAACCAUACCGCCAAGACAGGUGGCUGUCCCUACCAUCCCAGCACGACCAGUCCGCCAUGUCCCUGUCCAGCUCAGCAUGUCCCAUGAUGCUCUGUGUGAGGGACAGAUUGUUGAACCUUCAUCAGGUCCUGAGUCUUUCUCUGUUCCAACUGGCCUGGCAGGGCCUGGCGGAGAGACUUGACAACUUUCUUUACCAGGAUGUGAUCCUGUCUAAUCAUUUCAGUGACGGUGGGGCAGCUCAGCUUCAGUUCGACAUGACCAGAAACCUAUUUCCUCUGUUUGGUCACUACUGCAAAAGACCUGAGAACUUCUUUAAGCAUGUGAAGGAGGCCUGUAUCAUCUUGUGUCUCAACGUCGGCUCUGCUAUUCUGCUAAAGAAUCUCCUGAAGGAGUCGGAGGAGGAGACGACAGGUUGGACAGAUGCAGGAGAUCCUUCACCACAGUCUGCACUGAAUGAGUUGGGAGUUUACUGCCUGGCACCCUGUGACGUGUUGAUUCUCCUCAGCCUCAGAGCCUCCUGGCCGGGACAGUAACAGUUCUCCCCGGCAGUAUGUGUUGGGGUGGAGUGUGCAUCAGACCGAGUGCUUGGCAAUUGUUUCUUAUUCCAUUUUUGCCAUUAGUACGACGGAGUAUGAAGGCCCACAUUAGGGGAGGUGGUGAGAUGAAGAUUUUUUUUAUUUAUUUAGCAUUUCGAGAAGAAAGUCAACUCCUUUAGUCCAUCAAAUCCAGUUACAGUGACUGUCCACCAUGCCAUCUGCUCUGUAAGCUACAUCAUAGACAUAGGCCUGUAGGUUACAUCCUUGGAGUGUGAAGGCAAGUUUUUUAAGAGGUGCAACUGUAUUCCUAACUGAAAGCAAAAGCUGUCAGUGAUGUAGCCGACAUGACAGCUGGCUGGCAUGGUCACUCUAACGUGAUUUGAUGGCCUAAAGGAGUUGACUUUCUUCUUGAUACGCAAAAUAAAUUAAAACCAAUUUAUUUUUUUUUCUCUUAAUGAGGCCCUAAUACUUACAUCAUCAUUAGCAUUAGUCUUCUUUGUAAAGAAGACAGGUAACAUUCGUCAGUUUAGUGUUUAAUAAGUUUAUAUUAUUGAGAUGUCAUUGCAUGAACUCGCCGACCUGCAAUGCUCUCGCCUUCAGUUGCCCCGCAACUACUGGUUAAUGGGGUUGUCUUUGUUUUUGUGUGUCACUGAGAGUGUGUGUGUGUGUUUGAUAACCUAACCAUCAGGGCUAAUUGGUUGAUACUUACAUUUCCCUGAAAGACACAGCUGCCCAGUGUUGCGCUCAUGAUAUAAAUGAAAGGUGCACUGUGGACUUAAAACAUAACAAGUUUCUGUUUAUAUUCAGUGUUGCUCACUACAACGCAUGGUGUGUAUCCUUGAGGUCUAGUGGACAUGUUGAUGCACUUCCUUCAUCAUAAAACAUUUGCAAAGCCAAUAAAAAACAAACCCACGUGUCUGCAUUGUUUGCAUCCAUGUUUGCUCGCUAGCAGUCGACUUCUUCCCUGAUAUGAGAUAUAGAAGGCCCAUGUCUGGAUCUGCAAUACCGGCAGACGAUGUCAGAUUCUCUCAGAUAUUUUUUUAAAUCACAAGUUGCAGCCGUUUGAGAGUAAAAACAAAAGUCAAAUGAAAAGUCCCAAUAAACUGUGUGAGAGCGAUACAUACUCUCUAGGAAGCACAUGCUGGAUGUGUACGUUUACUGGCUGAGUGUCAGGGGGGUAACGCACCCAGAAUGUUGCGAGACCAACAGGUGCACGCGGGGUCUGGCUCAGGAAUGUUUAAAUGCUGAAGUGCUCAGUGUGGAUCCUCCAAGUGGCUUCUGCAUUCACAUGCAUUUAAAUCAAAGAAUAGCAUAGGUGUUCUUCCCCAGGCUCUGUGCAUGUUCCCAUGGUGCAUCACGUGACUCUACUGCACAAAAUGGACCAAUCACAUGCUGCCUACUUCGGUUUAGAGGAACAGGUCGUUAUAACAGAGCUAUGAAGAAUAUAUUUUAAAAUAUUACAAAAAAACCACUGUUGCUGCAAAUAAAGCGAGAGAGGAAUGUUAGCUGAAAAGUGUUAGCCGACUCGAUGCCUGUUUAUUUCUAACGUGACAGCUGCACGUCGUAGAGCUCCUAAACUUUAAACUUGAUACAACAUAUUUAAACAUUAUACUAAUGACAGUAAUCCAGUUGUUUUUAAAUGUGCUGCAAAUGAAAUAAAGCUAAUAAACAAG